GUACCAUUCGUUAACAGUUAACAAACAAGUGAAAAUGGUUUAAAAGAGCGCUUAGUUUAAAUGUAUCUAAGAUGAUGUUCGCCAUAUGCAAAGUUGUGAAUUACUAUUCGAGCUGUCGCAUUAUCCCGAAAGUCUCGGGUAACUUUGGAACGUUGUUGCAGAGGAGUUUCAAUCGUGCUUUCAGUUGUGAAAUCGAAGCUAAUGAACCAUUCGUCGACUUGUUUUCCGAAGAGGAGCAUCUAAAAUCGAUGUUGCCUGCCGUCAAGGAAGAAAUUAUAGAAGAACAUCUAGUUCUUCAUAAAGAUAACAAGGAAAUACGAAAUCGAUGCGAGAAACUCAUCGACUACAAUAUCAAUACUGAAUCAAAGUUUUUAACUUUUCCUCUUAUCUUUCUUAGAACUUACAAAUUACUGGAGAAACCAGCCCUGUUAAAUGAUGAAAAUUUAAAAAAGGCGUGUAUUUUAGCAUGGUGCCACAGAUUAAUACAUGCAUCGGUAAUUAUAAGUGAUGACAUUGUGGAUGAUUCUGAAAUGCGAUACAACAAAACGACUUGGUGUAAAUUACCAGACGUAGGAAAAGAAGACGCUAUAACAGAUGCAGCAUUUUUACUUACCGGUGCUAUAUUUCUAUUGCAAAAUCACCUAAGGCAUCAUCCUCAUAACUUCAUUCUACAGAAACAUUUCUUAAGGGGAUACGCCUUUAUCAACGUAAGUUACAUGAUGGAUAACCGAAAACACCAUAUAAACGAAUUGGAAAAAUAUCAAGUUCAUACCAAACUUUACUUUUCUAAUCUGUUUUCUACUGCAAUGUAUUUGGCCAAUGUUGAGAAUGAUUACUGGCAGAAAGUUUCUGAUGAAGUUUGUAACGACAUAUCACAAUAUUUAAAAGUAGAGGAUGAUGUUAUCGACCUUUAUGAUUCUAAGGGUAAAAUUCGAAAGUGUACUGACAUUUCCUUAGGGAGACCCUCUUGGUUUCUAAUGGAAGCUUACAAAAGAGCCAAUGCUGGACAGAGAAAGAUUUUGGAAGAAAACUUCGAUAAGAAUAAUGAAGAAUCUGUAGAAAAAUUGUACUCGAUUUUUCAAGAACUAGAAUUACUGGAAGUAUACAGAAAAUUCACCGAUAAUUUUUAUGCUCAAGAAAUAUCCAAAAUCCGUGAGAAAAUACCGAAAUCAAUAAUGCAGGACGUACUAAUCAAUUUAGUGAAUUUAGCAGUGAAUCACAAACUUAGGUACUAAGUGUCUAUUCAUUUGUAAUUCCGAUAUUGGAGGACUCUUUAUAAUAAAAUUGGUGAUGAUGUAUAUAAAAUAUGGAUA